UGAAGAAAGGUUGAAUUUUGGAUUGCUUUGAUGUCAGCGGCUUCGUGUUGCACCGGAGUAUUGAAACAAAAUGGGGCCUAGUGAAGUGAGGUCAUUACUAAUCGUUAGAAACACGAAAAGACAUGCAUAUCAGAAUUGACUGUGCACAUAUCAUGCUUUUUGGAUGCCUAGAGAAUGCAAGGAGAGAGAAAAGAUAGCGGUGGACCUCUAUGGCUCCUUUGGUUGCCGGGGUGUGACAACUGAAACAAAAGAACAGGAUUUGAAGUGGGCAAAAUUUUGUGCUCGAUGAAGCAGUAUUGAUUUACUCUUGUUUUGAUAGUACAAGUGCCACCGUUCAACUCUUUAGGGAUUCGACCCAGAAAACUCUUUAGGGCUGUGUGUUAUUGAAUUCGCAGAUAAAAAUAUGGCAAGUCAAACUCGAUCCGGUUGCAAAAUUAGGGAUGAAUGUACAAACAAGGUGCAUAGCGGUGGUAAGGGAUCGAGUACAUCACGCUUUGCAUCAGAUUCCUAUGGACUGAGAAGGUCAACCAGGGUGUCAUCAUCCAAGAAACCAAUGAUUCCAAGCUUUCCGACUACUCGAAAGUCGGAGCAACUUGAGAAGCAAACACCACCUACUUCAGUUUCUAAGGAUCCCGAGAGGGUGAAGAGACAAAGUAUGCCAAGUCCAGUGAGGAGGUCCGAGAGAUGCAAGAAACUGCGGCAUUCCUCAAAUUCUCCAAUAUCAAAGAAGUCUGCUAGAAGGUCGGAGUCAUCUGAUAGGCAAAACCAAAUGCAAAAGAAAGAGAAUAAUGCAAAGCAAUUGAAGGUGGAAGAUAAGGAUUCCAGCAAAAGUAAUGAAGAAGAACCAGCUUCUACCCAGAUGAAGACAGGGAGAUUGAAUGCUCGUGCUUAUAGAGCACUGUUCAGGAAACCAGGAUACAAGGAUAAAGCAUCAGGUAAAUUAUUCUAAGAGCGGCCUAAGAGCAGAUUGGCCCCAGAGAGAUUCAAUUGUUGACAUUCUUGAGAAUUGUUUCUGCUUGUUAUCUUGUGACUUGGAGCUUUUUGAUAGACCCCACCAAUUGUCAUGUUGCCAAAUCAUU